GCUGCGCUCUCCCGCCCGGCGAUGGCCCCGCUCGGAUACUUCUUAUUCCUCUGCAGCCUGAAGCAGGCGCUGGGCAGCUACCCGAUCUGGUGGUCCCUGGCCGUCGGGCCCCAGUACUCCUCCCUGGGCACGCAGCCCAUCCUGUGCGCCAGCAUCCCGGGCCUGGUACCCAAGCAGCUGCGCUUCUGCCGGAACUACGUGGAGAUCAUGCCCAGCGUGGCCGAGGGCAUCAAGAUGGGCAUCCAGGAGUGCCAGCACCAGUUCCGCGGCCGCCGCUGGAACUGCACCACCGUCAACGACAGCCUGGCCAUCUUCGGGCCCGUGCUGGACAAAGCCACCCGGGAGUCAGCCUUCGUCCAUGCCAUCGCCUCAGCUGGUGUGGCCUUCGCGGUGACACGCUCGUGUGCCGAGGGCGCGGCCGCCAUCUGCGGCUGCAGCAGCCGCCAUCAGGGCUCACCGGGCGAGGGCUGGAAGUGGGGCGGCUGCAGCGAGGACAUCGAGUUUGGCGGGAUGGUGUCUCGGGAGUUCGCAGAUGCCCGGGAGAACCGGCCAGAUGCCCGCUCUGCCAUGAACCGCCACAACAACGAGGCCGGACGCCAGGCCAUCGCCAGCCACAUGCACCUCAAAUGCAAGUGCCACGGGCUGUCGGGCAGCUGCGAGGUGAAGACCUGCUGGUGGUCGCAGCCCGACUUCCGCGCCAUCGGCGACUUCCUCAAGGACAAGUACGACAGCGCCUCGGAGAUGGUGGUGGAGAAGCACCGCGAGUCCCGCGGCUGGGUGGAGACGCUGCGGCCGCGCUACACCUACUUCAAGGUGCCCACGGAGCGCGACCUGGUCUACUACGAGGCCUCGCCCAACUUCUGCGAGCCCAACGCCGAGACCGGCUCCUUCGGCACGCGCGGCCGCACCUGCAACGUGAGCUCGCACGGCAUCGACGGCUGCGACCUGCUGUGCUGCGGCCGCGGCCACAACGCGCGCGCCGAGCAGCGCCGCGAGAAGUGCCGCUGCGUGUUCCACUGGUGCUGCUACGUGAGCUGCCAGGAGUGCACGCGCGUCUACGACGUGCACACCUGCAAGUAGGCGGCGGGGCUCCUCCCUGGACGGGCUCCCACGCGCAGGCGGCGUCUCCUCCCUUUGGGUGGGGCUCUGGGGGGGCAGGACUCCGGGGCGGGCUCCCCCUG